GGCGGGCCUUCCGGGACGACGGGCCACAUCACCCCAGUUGGCUGCAGCCGGCGGCUCACACCAUGUACUGGCGCCGCGCGGCGCUGGCGGGGACGCGUCUCGCCCGGGGCGGGAACCGGAGCGGCGGGGCGGCCUUCAGGAUGGGGAACAGCAUGUCGUCAUCUUUGGGGAAGCCAGCAGCUCCUCCUGUGAAUCAGAUCCAAGAAACAAUUUCUGAUAAUUGUGUGGUGAUUUUCUCGAAAACAUCUUGUUCUUACUGUACAAUGGCAAAGAAGCUUUUCCAUGACAUCAAUGUUACCUGCAAAGUGGUGGAACUGGACACGCUUGAAUACGGAAGCCAGUUCCAAGAUGCUCUUUACAGAAUGACCGGUGAAAGAACCGUGCCAAGAAUAUUUGUCAAUGGAACUUUUAUUGGAGGUGCAACUGACACUCAUAGGCUUCACGAAGAAGGGAAAUUGCUGCCAUUGGUUCGUCAGUGUUAUUUAAAGAAAAGUAAUGCAAAUUUUAGUGAUAGUAAAAUGCCAGUUAUUCAAAGUGAUAAUGCCUGAUGAUGCCUUUUGACUGUUUGAGGAUAUUUAAGUAUGUGAAUGAUCUUCAUGAAAACAUCGUAAAAACAAUGAACAAUAAAUCGCUAUGGAAACCUCA